CAAAUUAAAUAGCAAAUUUAGAGAUAUAAAAUAGUACGGAGUAGUAAAUAAUUUUGAGUGUUUCUGCAUAAAAUAAAAAUAAAAAGCACAAUCCUUCUCUCUCGUUGUAAUUCUGAGAGUUAUACUCAAGGUUUAUGAACCAUGGAACCAAAGGAAACAAAUUUUGCUGGUUCACUUAAGGUUCCAAACGUACAAGAACUCUCUAAGGAAUGCCUUUCAAGUGUUCCUUCCAGAUAUAUUCGUCCCCAUCAAGACCCGCCUUUCAUAUCAUCUGUCUCUUCAAAUCCUCAACUACCUAUUAUUGAUAUGGAGCGCUUAAUGUCUUCGGAUUUUAUGCAUUCAGAACUUCAAAAGCUACAUUUGGCUUGCAAAGAUUGGGGAUUCUUUCAGUUAAUAAAUCAUGAAGUUAGAUGUUCAUUGGUGGAGAGAGUCAAAGAAGAGACGCAACAAUUUUUUAAAUUGCCAUUACAUGAAAAAAGUAAAUAUGAGCAGAAGGAAGGAGACCUUGAAGGACUUGGACAACAUUUUGUUGUAUCAGAAGAGCAAAAGCUUGAUUGGGCCGACAUGUUCUACAUCUUGACUCUUCCUACCAAUAUUAGAAACCCACACUUGUUACCGAAACUGCCUCAACCAUUUAGAGAUACCUUAGAUGACUACUCAAAAGCAAUGGAGAAAGUUGCCUUAAAAACACUAAUGUUUAUUGGAAAAGCCUUGAACAUGGAGGAUGAAGAGAUGAAAUCAUUGUUUGAGAAUGGAUUACAAAUGAUGAGGAUGAAUUAUUAUCCGCCAUGUCCACAACCCGAACAAGUUAUCGGUCUUAAUCCUCACUCAGAUGGCAUGGGUAUCACUUUCCUUCUCCAAGUGAAUCACGUUGAAGGUCUCCAAAUAAAAAAGGAUGAUGUUUGGAUCCCUGUUACACCACUUCCAGGUGCUUUCAUUGUUAAUGUCGGGGACAUUAUACAGAUUAUCUCAAAUGGGAUAUAUAAAAGCAUUGAGCACAGGGCAGUGGUGAACUCAAACAAAGAAAGGUUGUCCAUCGCCACAUUCUUAAGCCCAAAUCUGGAAAGCGAGAUAGGACCCGCACUGAGCCUCAUUACUCCCGGGACACCGGCAAAAUUUACAAGGAUAACUACUGUUGAUUACAUGAAGAAAUUUUACUCAAGGGAACUCAACGGAAAGAGCAACGUUGAACAAUACUAUAUAUGAUAUAUAUAUCUCCUCAUAAAAGGUAUUUCAAAGUUUAAACUAUAUAUGUGAAUGAUUGGAUGACGUUUAUAAAAUAAAUGUAUUUUGAUAUGGAAGA